CCUGCCUUUGUUCCAAAUUGGUUUUCAAAACACUCGCUCAGUGUGCCUGCCGAUCGCCAUGACAAGCUACCAGCGCGGAUCUCGGAGCACUCCAGUCACACCCAAAAUCACCAAGAGACUAUCCCCGCAAAAUAGACUUGGCCUCCACUCAGGGUCAAGGAAGAUAAGGAAGGUUCCUCUAAAGGGGAACCUGGCGGAAGAGAAGCUCAAGGCUUUGCCAGGUGCCAAGUCUGAGUCAACUCAGCCCAAGCCUUUCACCUGUGUGAAUGAGAAAGGCCGAAUUGGUGACACAGAUGACUGGCGCCCGGGGAAACGGAUGAACAUCACGGCAGUGGACACAGGCCGAAUCCAGAACAAGACCAUUGUCUCAGUAGAAAGUCCCGAUUGGAUGAAGUCUUUCUUUGAAAACAACCGUUCCUACUUCGAGAAGCAAGGCUUGGCCCAAAGGCUGAAGAAGGCAGACAUAGGAGAAAGUUCUGCGGGCGUGUCAAGCUCCGCCAGAGCCAAGGGCAAGAAAAGCGGCACAAAUAUGAUGUGUGACGAGACUGGAGUUGCCCUUAGCCAAAACCUAGGUUCAGCGAACACCCCUGAUUGGAUGAACAGUGCCCGCAAAUGGACGGCGGCAUCUCCAAACACUCCCCGGCGGAUGGGCGAACGAGCCGGAAAAGACAGGUUCACCUCUGAAGUGACUCCUCGUGACAAGAGUGCCAGUGAGAUGCAGCACCUCCUGGUUUCAGAAAGUGUUCCAGAAUGGAUGAGAAGUGCAGCAGUUGUGCAGGUGAUGAACCAAGGCAACAGAUCCGCAAGACCGCAAGCUGAACAAGGUGAUACGAGGGCUGCUGGUGUGACCACGGAGCGCUUUUGGGACAGCACCACGCGGAAUAAAGGUGGAAAUAUGGUCCAUCCAAUGACUGGCAGGGUGGUUCACAAAGCACAGCAAUCGGAUGAUUUUCCCUUGGAAUCUGGUGCUAGUCACCGUGCUGCGUUUGAGGAGACCAUUCGGAAAAGGCCCAACUCAGCACGAGAAUCGCGUGGCAGAUACGCAGGUGACAGAUCAAAGGAGUCCAGGGACAAAAAGAAGGGAACUGUGCUAGAUCAAGAUACUGGCAAAGUGGCCAACAACUCCAUUGUGUCUCCGGAAAGCCCUGCCUGGAUGAAAGGGCCGUUUGAAAACAACCGUGACUUUUUUGAGAAUCAGGGCGUCGCCGAGAAGUUGCGGACCUUGUCAACCCAGGACAUGAAAGAGAAGGAGUUCGUUGCAGGUCGCAAAGUCCCAGUGAGACAGAGACAGGUACACAAGCAGCACACCAACGAGGCAGGCAGAGUCCAGAACCUUAGUAUUGUGUCCCGAGCGGCGCCAGAAUGGAUGAAGUCGCCUUUUGAAUCCAAUCGGACGUAUUUUGAGGACGUAGGCAUCGCCCAGGGCAAGGAACUGGUCCGUUCGAGGUCAGCACCACCAUCGACCAAAGUGGCUCCAAGCGAGGAGCAACCCGAGGUGCAAGCGGAGAUGGGGGUGCCAGGGCAGGUGACGGAGCUCCCUUACGAUGCUGACAAGGCGACGGUGGAGCCUGAGGUCAAGAGCAAGGGACUUCCAUGUCAUGCUGAGCAACGUAGCGAGCGUCGACGGAAAAGUGCCUCUACCAUUUCAUCAACUUCAAGAGCUUCAAAGAGGAGCAGCAGUGCAAGCGCUACAUACUCCGCACGUUAUCAGAAAUCACGGUCGAUCGGCUCCAUGGGGUGACACCGAUGAACUCAAGGCCAAGAAGCUUGAAACGAAGAAGACUGAAUCACAGGCGCCGAUGUGCUGUAUAUGAUGUGCUGACUGGUUUUCCGGAAUGUCGCUACGAUGGGCCCUCCCAUGCCAGAGCUUCCAGUGACGAUAAGUGACCCCUCAGGGCAUCUCAGGGCUGUCACAAAGC